AUGCCUGGAACAAAAAGGAAGUUUCCUUCCACAAUCCAAGUAGGAACUAAGCUCACUGAUAUAUUAUCAGGAAGAUUUCUUCCUCAAAAAUACAAUGACCCUGGGAGUCUUGUAAUUACUUUGAGCAUAGGAGGAGUUGAGAUACCCAGUGUGUUGAUUGAUUUAGGGGCAGCUAUGAAUGUUAUUACUACUGAUACUAUAGAAAUACUAAGAAUACCAAGAAUUCAACCCACAACAACUAUGCUUCAGUUGGCAAAUCAAUCUACUGCCAAACGCGAGGGUGUUUUGAAAGAUGUAACAGUCACAAUUUAUGCAUGGGAUUAUCCAGUAGACUUCUUGGUACUCAAAGCUAGGAAGAAGGCAUCAAGAUAUCCAAUCAUACUAGGAAGACCUUGUCUAGAGACUACAUUGGCAUUGAUAGAUUGCAAAUUUGAUAGUAUGACUAUUUCUAAUUGUAAAAGGCAAAAAGAGUUGACACUUUACCCUCUAGCUAAACCAACAUUUCAUUCUGACACUCAAUAUUGGGUUGAUGAGGAGAUAGAUUCAGAAGGGGAUGGAGUGGUUGAGUUAGCCAUGGUUACCUUAUCAGAACAUGUUGAGGAGUAUGAAGAAUAUGUGGAACAGGGAGAAGACCUUAAUUAUAGAUGUGGUGAUUUUAAUCAGAAAAAUGAGGAAUGUCCUCAUGAAGAAAUUAAAAUGGAAAGUCACAAGGAAGUUCUACAUCAUGAUAAAUUGCAUCCUUGUCCCCUUGAUACACUUAUAGGAGAUCCAUUUGAAGGGAGAAGUGACACAAAAGAAAUUACAGUCUCAUCGGAUAAACCUCUCUUCAUUAAUUCAUCUUUGCUUCCGACAUAA